UGUUCCACACUGUUCCACCACACUGUUCCCCUGUUACACUGUUCCACCAUACCAUUCCACUGUUCCACCAUACUGUUCUACUGUUCCACCACACUGUUCCAAUGUUUCACCAUACCGUUCCACACUGUUCCACCACUGUUCCACCAUACUGCUCCACACUGUUCCACCACACUGUUCCAUCGUGCUGUUCCACACUGUUCCCCCAUACUGUUCCACUGUUCCACACUGUUCCACCACACUGAUCCACUGUUCCACCACAGCGUUCCACACUGUUAUACCAUACCAUUCCACACUGUUCCACCACACUGUUCCACUUUUCCACCAUACCAUUCCACACUGUUCCACCACACUCUGCCAUGCUGUUCCACUGUUCCACCAUGCUGUUCCACACUGUUCCACCUCACUGUUCCAGUGUUCCACCAUAUUGUUCCAGUGUUCCACCAUACCAUUUCACACUGUUCAACCAUACUGUUUCACUGUUCCACCAUACUGUUCCACUGUUCCAGCAUACUGUUCUAUUGUUCCACAACACCGUUCCAAUGUUCCACCAUACCGUUCCACACUGUUCCACCACACUGUGCCACAUUGUGCCACACUGUUCCACCAUGCUGUUCCACACUGUUCCACCUUACUGUUCCACUGUUCCACCACACUAUUCCACUGUUCCACCAUGCUGUUACACUAUCCCACUCUGCUGUUCUACUGUUGCACCACACCAUUUCACUGUUCCACCAUUCCAUUUCACACUGUUCCACCACACUGUUUCACAGUUCCACCAUACUGUUCCACACUGUUCCAUUAAACUGUGCCACACUUUGCUACCAUGCUGUUUCACCAUACCAUUCCGCACUGUUCCACAUUGUGCCACACUGUUUCACCAUUCUGUUUCACUGUUCCACUGUUCCACUGCUCCACCAUACCGUUCGACACUGUUCUACCAAACUGUGCCACACUGUUCCACCAUGCUGUUCCACAGUGUUCUAUCACACUGUUCCACUGUUCCACCAUAGUGUUCCACUCUCUCAGUGUUCCACCACACUGUCCACACUGCUCCUCUCUUCCACCACACUGUUCCACUUUUCCACAACACACUUUCAAAUUUCCACCACAAUGUUCCACUGUUGCUGUGUUCCUCCACACUGUUCCACACUGUUUCACUACUGUUCCACUGUUCCACCGCACUGUUCCACCACACCGUUCCACUGUUCCACCAGACUGUUUCACUGUUCCACCAUACUGUUCCACCGUUCCACCACAUUGUUCCAUUGUUCCACCAUGCCGUUCCACACUUUUCCACUACACUGUUCCAUUGUUCCACAAUGCCGUUCCACACUUUUCCACCACAUUGUUCCACUGUUCCACCAAACUGGAUUACAGUGUUCCACUAUACUGUGCCACUGUUCCACCACACUGUUCCACCAUGCCAUCCCACAGUGUCCACCACACUCUUCUGUUCCACUGUUCCACCUUGCUGUUCCACACUGUUCUACUGUUCCACCAUACUGUUCCACCACACCGUUCCACUGUUCUACCAUACCGUUUCACACUGUUCCACCACACUGUUCCACUUGUCCACCAUAUUGUUCCACACUGUUCCACCACACUGUGCCACAUUGUGCCACACUGUUCCACUGUUCCACCAUGCUGUUCCACUCUUUUCCACCUCACGGUGCCACACUGUUCUACCACAUUGUUCCACACUGUUCCACUUGUGGACCACACUGGUCCAUACCGUUCCACACUGUCCCACACUGUUCCACCAUACUGUUCCACACUGUCCCACCAUACUGUUCCACACUGUUUCACCAUACUGUUCUACACUGUUCCACCACACUGUGCCACACUGUUUCACUGUUCCAUUGUUCCACCAUACUGUGCCACUCUGGUUCACUGAUCCACCAUACUGUUUCACUGAUCCACCACUUUGUUCCACACUGUUGCACUGUUCCACCACACUGGGCCACACUGAUCCACUGUUCCACCAUACUGUUCCAUAGUGUUCUACACUGUUCUUCCACACUGUUCCAUUGUUCCACCACACUGUUCCACUGUCCCACUGUUCCACCACACUGUUCGACCACACUGCUCCACUGUACCACCUUCCUGUUCUACCACACUCUUCCACACUGUUCUACUGUUCCACCACAUUAUUUUACACUGUUCCACUGUUCCACCAUACUGUUCCACACUGUUCCACCACAUUGUUUCAUGCUGUUCCACUGUCGCACCACACUG